AUGUCAGCGCAGGAGCUCUUUGUAACUGCGGCGCGAAAAUUUCUUUGCGUAGGGCGGAAAUCCCUGUCGACUCCUCAGUGUCUCCAACUCGCUGCUCAGGUGUCGGCCGUUGACGUGGGGUUGAAGCCUGCCGUUCUGUACGACAGUAACGGCGCCAGCGCGGCGCAGAUCCAGCAGUACCUGAGCUCCUUGCGGUCUGAGCGGCUUGUGUCUGGCUCCCUCGCCACUCUUGAUUUGAACGGAAACGGUCUGGUUAUCAAUACCAGCACAGCCAGAUCCCAUCUUGAGCGAGUGCUUUGCGAGGACAGCGUGGCUGUGAUGGACGUCUGCCACGGGCUGGGUAGCCCCGCCGUCUCUGGGCGGCAGAGAGAAGCACUGAGGGGUGUGACGCAGGACCUGCUGCCGCUUCUGCAACGCCACCAGGAGGCCGAGGAACCUCUUUGCGUGGGGGCCAGAUGUGAGGAGUGGAACCUGUGCACCGUCUUUGGACUUUUACUGGGUUACCCUGUCACCUACUGGUUUGAUCAGACCAAGAGCUUUGAAAACUGCUUGUCUAUGACUCCCCUGGUGGUGACUACAGCGUCAGCGAGGUGGCAGGCAGACGCUUCAGGUCACAGAUGGUGUCUCUUUUCCUUCAGUUUCCCGGCCUCUCUGCAGGAAGAGACGCGCUCCGAAGUGGAGAGCUGGAGGCUUCGUCUGACUGAGAGAUUUGAGCAGCAGCACGUCCUGAAGGAGCUAAAGAUCAGUCAGUCCUCAGUCACUCUGCCCUCGGUCUGUUUGUGA